AUGGAGGAUGGCCCGAUAGCCUCCGCCGCCGAACCCGGCAUCAAGGCGGAAUCACAGCUUCUCUACACGAUGCGCAAUGAGGUAGCGCACCUCUUGGGCCGAAGUCAAGUCGGUUUCCCCGGCGCGCAACCCGUCAGCUUUUCCCGCCAGCACAUCACCGCCCUCAAGAAUCAAGACUACUACGUUUGCGAAAAAUCCGACGGUAUUCGCUACCUCCUGUAUGCUACGAGAGAUGAAAGCGGCGCCGAAGCGCACUACCUGAUUGACCGCAAAAACGACUACUGGUUCAUCACAAACCGUAACCUGCACUUCCCCCUCGACAACGACCAGACCGCCUUUCAUGUAGACACGGUCCUCGAUGGGGAGCUUGUGUGGGACAGCAAGCCCGGCGGCGGUAAGGAGCCACGUUUUCUCAUCUUCGACUGCCUCGUCAUGGAUGGACAGGUGCUCAUGGACCGCACAUUGGACAAGAGGUUGGCAUACAUCAAGGAGAGAUUCCACACGCCAUACAAGCGCCUGUUCAAGGAGUUCCCCGAGGAGCUCAAAUUUCAGCCCUUCUAUGUCGAGAUGAAACCAUUCCAGCUUGCCUACGGUAUCGAAAUGAUGUUUAAGCAAGUCCUACCAAAUCUCAAGCAUGGGAACGAUGGGCUCAUCUUUACGUGCCGCCACACGUCGUACCGCCACGGCACGGACCCCAACAUUCUCAAGUGGAAGCCACCAGAGGAGAACACUAUUGAUUUUCUUCUCAAGCUACAUUUCCCGACAGUGCAGCCCAACAGGGCGGAGCGCGCCACAGGCAGGACAGAGCCGUUUGUUGACUACGACAGCGUGCCCCGCGCGGAGCUCAUGGUAUAUACAGGCGGCAACGGACCGGAACGGUACGAGCCAUUUCAACCGCUGUACCUCACAAAAGGGGAAUGGGAGACCCUCAAAGGCCUCGGCGAUCCGCUCAAUGACCGCAUCGUGGAGUGUAAUCUGGAUGACAAGAAACGUUGGCGCUUGUUGCGUUUCCGCGACGACAAAUUAGAGGCGAAUCACAAGACAACCGUCACCAGUGUCCUCCAAAGCAUCAAAGACCGUGUCACGCAGCAGGAUCUCUACCACGCUGCUGGGCCGAUUCGCGACAACUGGAAGGCGCGUCAGGCGAGAUCGGAGCGAAAGUAG